AUGCUAUCGUGCUCACUCAUUUCUCGGCGAUGUCUCAACUACUCCGCAAAAAAUCGCGCACAAUCUUUCGCGUCUGUGUCUUCCUCGCCCAUUAAUCUCAAUACAGUCGGCCCGUACCAGGUAUUCGAUCGAAACGUGAAGCGUCUUCAGAAAGACAGGUCCGCUCUUUUAGAAGGCGGGGUUCAAAGUAGGACAGUUGACUAUGUGCGAGACGAAGUCGCGGAUCGACUCAUAGAACGGCUACAGGAUAUCAAACGGAAGUUCAGCACAAUCAUAGAUAUAGGAUCUGGUCCAGGGCACUUCUCUAAGCUCUUAGAGCCGGAAACUACAGAUAAAGUAGUGAUGAUCGACUCAAGCGAGAAGCUCCUACAUAGAGAUCCUGACUCAGAAUUCGAAGUGAAAGUCGAACGAAUACAUGCAGAUGAGGAGAAUCUCCUCAAUGUCAUUGAGCCUAAUUCACAAGAAGCCAUUGUGUCUUGUCUCAGCCUACACUGGGUGAACGACCUUCCAGGUGUCUUGGUCCAAAUCAAAGAAGCUCUUCAACCCGACGGUGUUUUUCUUGGCGCCUUAUUCGGCGGUGACACCCUCUUUGAACUACGGACUUCCCUCCAACUCGCCGAAAUGGAACGCGAAGGGGGGAUUUCACCACAUGUCUCCCCGAUGACCGAUUCACGAGACAUGUCCAACCUCCUGGGCCGAGCUGGAUUCACACUUCUUACAGUUGACGUCGACGAAGUGAAAGUAGCUUACCCAUCCAUGUGGGAGCUUAUGGACGACCUUCGUGACAUGGGCGAGAAUAAUGCUGUGAUUGGACGGAGAAACUCUAUCCAUCGUGAUACUCUGGCCGCGGCCGCCGCCAUAUACAAGGAACUCCAUGGACAUGAAGACGGAACAGUCCCCGCAACAUUUCAAGUCAUAUACGUCAUCGGAUGGAAACCCUCCCCAAAGCAACCAAAACCCCUCGCACGAGGCACCGGAAAGACGAAUUUGAAGGAGAUUCUGUGA